CGAUGGACGCGACUUCUACCGCCUACGUGCAGGCAGUCAUGGUUAUUCCCUAGAAAAGAAAAAAAAGAAGCUCCUGAUUCAUUCAAAAAGAAGACCUCCGUCCCGCUCGGAGCCGCCCGAGGUCACGAUGCUCCCCAGAAGCUUGUGUCUGGUCCUUCUCAUCCUGGCCGAGGCGCGGGCUCAGUAUGAGAAGUACAGCUUCAGAAGUUUCCCCCAGAAAGACAUCAUGCCGCUGGACUCCACGUACAGCUACGCGCUGGAGCAGUACGCGGCGGAGAAGUGGAAAGAGAGCAUCGAGUACCUGGAGCUCAGCCUGCGGCUCCACCGGCUGCUGCGGGACAGCGAGGCUUUCUGUAGCGGCAACUGCAGCUCCGUCCGCCGGGACGACGGCGCUGCGUCCCCCGACGGCAGCCUGCGCGUCAUGCGCCACAUCCUACUGAGAGCUGCGUGCCUUAAAAAGUGCAAGGCGGAUUUGCCAGUGUUUAACCUCUCGUACCCGGGACGGGACCUACUGGAGACGUUCGAGAAUAGGGUGCCGUAUCGGUACAUCCAGUAUGCGCACUACCAGCUUAACAACUUGGAGAAGGCCGUGUCGGCCGCCCACACCUUCCUCAAGAAGAACCCGACGGACUCCUAUUUGAAGAAGAACAUGAAGUACUACCAGACUCUGAUGGAAGUGGAAGAAUAUCUAAUCGACCACGAGGAGCAGCCGUAUGAAAGUGUUUUUCUGAAGAGCGUGAAGCUUUACAACAACGAAGACUUCAGCAACAGCGCCCGCAACAUGGAGCAGGCCAUCACACAAUACUUUGACGCACACCGGCUCUGCUUGGCAGGCUGCGAGGGCUCGUAUGAGAUCUUAGAGUUCAAAGACUUCUAUCCCACCUUGGCAGAUUUCUUCACAGAUGUGUUAAAAUGUAAGGUCAAAUGUGAGGAGAACCUGACACCCAGCGUCGGAGGCUUCUUUGUGGAGAAGUUUGUAGCCACCAUGUAUCACUACCUCCAGUUUUCCUAUUAUAAAUUGAAUGACGUAAAGAGCGCUGCUCCAUGUGCAGCCAGUUACAUGCUGUUUGACAGCGAAGACCAGGUGAUGCAGCAGAACAUAGCGUACUAUCGCUUCUACCGGGAGCAGUGGGGACUGGAGGAAAUAGACUUUCAGCCUCGGCCUGAGGCUCUGAAGUACUUUAAUGAGACAACCAAGCAGAAAGAGAUGCUGGAGUUUGCACUGAACUACCUACAAACUGAAGACGAGGGCGAGGUAAGUCCAGAAGAAAUGGCGUCCUCUCGCACAGAGCACCCUGACACCGAGUUUGAGGGUGUGGGGGACUACGAGGAGUCCUUCCUGGCGGAAUGGUGGCAAGAACCCAGAACUAAGUGGGACGGCGGAGAGGUCGCAGACUGAGCAGAGAACCCCCUCAUCAAGCUCUGUUCCACCGCUCCUGACGGCCUACCAAAGAGUGUCGACUUCCCUUCAGACACACAGCAACCCGACAGGAUUCGGCAGAAAAAAAUCACAAACCGUCAGUGUUACAUCUCUCUGCAAAGGAUGAAACGACUAAAUCAUCUGUUAUGUGGAUCGAGAUUAGAGAUGGACAUUUAUGUUUUGGCUGUGAUCAGCCUUUUAACACUUUAACACACAUCUGGAUUGUCAGUGUGUGGCCUGAACGGCAUUCCUCGUCCGUAUCUUUUCUAGUUCUUAUUUAAUGACAGCUGAACGCCUCUGUACCGUGUUAUAAGGAAGGUGACGUGUAUCUUUUCUUAUACUGAACCAUUUGUCGACCACCAAUUGGGUAGUUGAUCUAAUAAUUGGAUCAUAAUUAAAGUAAUAUUUUAAUAUA